UCACGUGCCCGGCGGGGAGGGAGGCGGCGGCGACAUGCUGCGGCUGCUGGAGAAGCUGCCGCCGGGGCAGGCCCUGGAGUUCCUUCAUAAAAUAGUUGACGGCAUAUGUGGCCGUGCAUAUCCUCGCUACCAGGAUUAUGGCAGUGCUUGGAGCUUGACGGAGUGGAUGGAGGUUUUAGAAGAAACAGUGGCCUAUUUCAAAACUGCAGUUGGCAGAAACAUGUCUGAUGAAGAGGUUGCUGAACAGGUGACUGAAUUGAAUUCAAACUAUCAAGAAGCAAUCACAAAAUGUCUAAAAGGCAGAAAGGAAGAAAUCAGGAAUGCAUUAGUAGAAAGAGUAAAUGCAAUCUCUUCUACCCAGCUGCAGGAUUUUGACUGGCAGUUAAAGCUUGCUCUCUCCAGUGAUAAAAUCUCCAUGCUGCAAAUGCCACUUCUCAAUCUUGAUUUGGAUGUGAGAGAAAAUGGUGAAAUUAAACCAAUCUCUAUAGAAAUGAAUAAGGAAGAGUUGCAGAACCUAAUAAAUGCAUUGGAAGCUGCUAAUAAGGUUGUUUUGCAACUGAAGUGAUCAUAUUGAGACGAUUGACAGCAUCUGCUGGUGCUGAUUCCACAAGUGACUUGGAAAAAUAGAAAUGUUCUCUACAAAGCCAAAAGCUAUUGAUGCAAUAAAAUACUGAACUGAGCAAGUGGUAAUGACUUGUGACCAAAUAAACUGUUACUCCUUUGAAAAACAGAAACAUCUUAGAUCUGCUAGACCAAAAUUAUUCAAAUCCAAUGUACAGUUGCUUUCAGUACUGAAAAUAUAUAGAACUAUAAACAGUGUAAUUAUCAUCAUCACAUGCAUUUGCAUCUUUACUUUUGUUAAAUUUCGGGGGUGAUUGCACAUCUUCCUGGGAAGACUAAGGCACCUUACUUAUGUAACACUUUAUCCUUACCGAAGGUGCAGUGAUGAUGAAGAACGGACAGCAGAGCUGUAGCAUUAAUGUAUUUAUACUUGUAAAUAAUAAACAAUUGAUUUUUUUUUGUGUGUGAAUAA